AUGGAGGGCGAGUGUACUGGAGGGUUUGGCCGUUGGCAAGUGCGCCUGGCGGUUCUGUUGGCGCUGCCCGUGCUGCUUACUGGACUCUACGGCACCAACUAUGUGUUCCUCGCCGCUCAUACUCCUUACAGGUGUCACAUAUCUGAAUGCGAGGAUAACGACACGUUGAAGACCGUAUCGAUGGAGGGCUGGUCACCGGACUGGACUGACUUCGCUCUGCUUCCCGACGAUGUCUGCUCUCGCCGCACCGCCAUUGCCAGCGCUUGCGAAAAGGACUCUUUCGACAACGCCUCCAGCGUGCACUGCGACGGCUUCGUCUACUUGGACAGGAGGAGUAUCGUUGCUGAGUUCAACCUGGCCUGUCAAGAGGGCAAACGCACUUUGGUGGGGACGGUGCACAACGUCGGCAUGCUGGUCUCUCUGCCAAUCAUGGGCUACAUAUCUGACAAAUGGGGACGACGGGCGGCUUUAGUGGUCAGCGGCAGCGGCGCUGGACUGCUUGGUCUUUGCAAGUCCUUCGCCGGAUCCUACACCGCAUACUUAGUUGCCGAAUUUCUAGAGACGGUCUUGGGUGCGAGCGUUUACCCGCUAAGUUUCGUGCUAAUGAUUGAAUGGCUGGGCGUUGAGCAGCGUAUAUUGGCAAGUCUUCUGCUUGGGAUUCCCCUCUCAGCGGGCGCCGCGACCUUGGCUCUCUUGGACUACUUGACUGGUUAUUGGAGGCUCUGGGCUCGGAUCGCCUACCCCCCCUCGUUCCUUCUGCUGUUCUACCCCUGGUUGCUGCCAGAGAGCGUGCGCUGGCUGGUGGCAAACAACAAGCUGCCACAAGCGGCGAGGGUCAUAAAGCAGGCGGCGCGCUGGAACCAGGUGCCAAUUCCGGAAGACGCAAUAGACAAGAUGCUUACUUCUCAACCCGAGCCUGUGGUCGACAAAAGCGCAGUCGACGACGAAGAGGAGAGCUUGUUCAGAGCCUUCAUAAAGUACGGCGAGCUGCGGCGGCGGCUGCUCACGUGCUUCGCGUGGUGGGCGUCGGCCGUGUUCGUGUUCUACGGGCUGGCGGUGCGCGCGCACGCCCUGGCCGGCAGCCCGCACGCCAACUACGCGCUGCUCGCCGCCGCCGAGCUGCCCGCGCUGCUCGUCAACACGCCGUUCCGCUGCUGCCGGACUAGGGUUCUGGCUGUGACUUCUACGCAAUGGUGGACCAUAGCUCCCAUAACGAGCCAUCCCGACGUUGCAGCCGAGGGCGUGUACGGCACGGCGCUGUUCCUGGCGGGCAAGGUGGGCGCCACGAUGUCGCUGAACGCGCUGUACGUGUACACGGCCGAGCUGUUCCCGACAAGGGCGCGCCAGCGGCUGUUGGCAGCUUGCUCCACCUGCGGCCGCCUCGGCGCCAUCCUGGCCCCGCUCACCCCGCUGCUGGCGAGGUACGGAACGUGGGUGCCGCCAGCACUGCUGGGCGCGCUGCCGCUGGCCAGCGCGGCGCUGACGCGGCUGGUGCCGGACACCCUGGGCCGCCGUUUGCCGGAUCGCUACCGUGACUUGAGCAACCCCCAAGAGUUGGGGCAGUCUCUCGCC